AUGAUGAAUAAUAAGAAUAUAUUGAUUCUAUCUCAUCCAUUUCCCGGUCACAUCCGACCAAAGGUUGAAUUAGUUGAAAAACUUUCUCAAUCAUUGACAAUUUCAAACAUUACAAUAUUGAAUUCCAAAAUGGGAUUGUUAUCAGAUUCAAGAAUGAAGAAAUGGCAUUCAAAACUGAAUAUUUCGGAGUCAGAGAGAAAGAUUCAUGUUUCUUUAAUGGAAUCUAAGGAUGUUUUCUUUACUCAAGUUGAGGAUUUUGAAGAAUUUCAUAGAGAAAUGAGUAAAAUGAUUGAUAUGGAUAUUUUGGAUCAAUUCAAGUUUACAUUUGAUAGAAUGAUGAUUCCCUAUGAACGAUUAAUGAUUUCAAAAUUGGAAAUUGUGGAAGUUUGGAAGGAAAGCGGAGAAAUUGAAAAUGUCAUUUCAUUUGAGGAACGUUUACAAAAAUUAUCAAAAAUUGCAAAACCUGGAAUUAAGAGAUAUUUGAGAAUUAGAAAUGAUCCUUCACAGACCUUAUUUGACCAAGCAGUUAUUGAUUUUACCUUAAUUUCCAUUCAAUCCAUCAUUGCAGGAAGCAAAAUUCCAUGUACGAAAAUUUUCACUGCCUUUUUCAGACAAUUCAUGUUGCACUAUCCUGGAAUCAUUGCCAAUUCAUUGGAUUAUUUCACUAAAUAUCCUAAUCGUUUCUAUAUGCCAUUCGUUGCCAUUCAGGAUGUAUUCUAUGCCAAAGCAUUCAUGGAAAAUUUGGGUGAAUAUUUUGAGAUGAAUGAAAUCAUUGCAAGUGAUAGCCAAUGUGCCCUAAUUCAAACUUCCAGUUAUGGAUUUGAAUUUGCCUCUGGAAAUACUCAAUAUUUCAAUGCUCAUCUUGUGGGUCCAUUCAUGAAUGAGAAACAAAUUAAUGAUGAAAUUGAAACUCUAAGAAAAUUAGCUCAUUCCAAUGAUUCGAGUUCUGGAAUGGGAGAUCUUUUCAAUUGGAUUGAUGAGCAGGAAGAUAUCAUGUUAAUGGUUCUCGGAUCUACAAUGGUUUUGGAUGAAAAUGGAAUGAAAAAGUUAUUGGAAGGACUUCAAAUUACCUUAAAUGAAAAUCCAAGAAUUUCAAUCUUGAUGGCACUUGGAAAUCUCAAUAUGGAAAUAUUUGAAAGACUUUCAUUCCAUGAUUUGUUCAAAACUAAUUCAAAGAGAUUCAAAAUAUUGAAAGGAUUCGUUCCUCAAAAGGGAUUACUAUCUUUGGAAAAGGUCAAGAUUUUCUUCACACAUUGCGGAGCUAAUAGUGUCAAUGAAGCUCUCUAUUUUGGAAAAUUACUAAUUGGAUUCCCAUUUGCCUAUGAUCAAAUGAGAGUUUCACAUGCCAUUGAGGAAUUCAAAGUGGGUCGUUCCAUUUACCAUUCAAAGAAGGAAUCCUCAGAUUGGAAUAUCAAUAGCAUCUCAAAGGCAGUUCAUGAGCUUUUAUAUGAUGAACAGACAAGUGACAAGUACAAAACAGCCGCUAGACAUGCUAAGGCACUGACAAGAAGAUCUGGAGGAGUGAGCAGAGCUGCUGAGAUUGUGGAAUUAGUCUCUGAAGUGGAUGGUGAUUUAUCAUGGGGAGUUGCAGAUAAGCACUUGACAUGGUGGCAAUUCUAUUGUCUGGAUAUCAUUCUAUUCUAUGGUAUUAUCAUUUAUUUCACUAUCAAAAUGUCAAAACUCAUUUGCUGCUAUUCAAAAUCAAAGCAAAAGAACGAAUAA